AGAAAAUCUAAAGGCACAAGUCACUUUCUCUCUAGUUUAAUUUUUCGUUUUUAUUUAUUAUGUCUACACUCUCAUCAACAGAAACAAUGUCAGAGCAAUGUCCCUUCGACGAUGGUGUUUACGACUGUGUAAAGAAAGUGAUUAUAGGAGAAGACUCUCAGGGCGUCGCUUACAUCACGAUCCAGUACGUGCGAGAUGGAGAUGUCGUGCAGCUAGAACAUGGAAGCGAAAGAGGAACACAAAUCACUGAGACCGAGUUCAAAGUUAAGGACCCAGACGAAUACAUCACAUGCAUUGAGGGAACAUGGGGAGAAGCUAAGCGAUACGAUAGUGAUAUCCAUAUGUGGAAUCAAACGCUUAGUCGUACGGUGACAGAGCUUCAAUUCAAGACAUCACACGGGAGAACAUCUCAGAAGUUUGGUAAGCCUGGAGCUGACAGCAUAGAGUUCAAGUUGGAGGGCAACAAUGGAACGAAGCUUGUUGGGCUUCUUGGAAGCUCUGGUCGAUUUCUUGACGAGAUAGAAGCUAACUUUGACGUGGUUUCUUCUGCUUUAAAGCAGUUAGAACCUCAAGGUGGGUCCGAUGGACAUUCUUGGGAUGAUGGGGCUUAUGACGGUCUGAGGAAAGUGUGUAUUGGAGAAGAUGGUGGCCGGGUGAGCUCCGUUGAGUUCGUGUAUGCCAAGGGAGACCAACGUAUAACUCAUUGUCACGGCAUGGAUUCAAAUGAACGUAAAGAGUUUGAGCUGGAGUAUGAAGAUGGUGAAUAUAUUAUAUCCGUGGAAGGAACUACCGAUGAUGAUGGUUUUGUCUCGUCUUUAAUCUUCAACACAUCAAUGGAUAGAAGCUCUGAGGAGUUUGGAAAAGCGGUUGCUAACAACGAGUUCUUCCUCAAGCCAAUAGGGUUUCAUAAGCUUGUCGGCUUCCGAGGAAGGUCCUGCGUUGAUCGUAUCAAUGCUCUAGGUGCAAAUUUCGCUGUGGUGGUCGUUCCUCCAGUCAAGAAACUACAAGCACAAGGUACUAACUCUGGUGAAGAGUGGGAUGAUGGGAUCCACGACAAUGUUCGUAUGAUAACGGUAACAUACGGCCACGAGUCUGUGAUAGCGGUCACGUUUGAAUAUGCCAACGGAACGGAGACUGUGGUUGGAGACGCUCGCGGGGACUUCGAUGAAAUUGGUGAUAGAAAAGAGUUCAAGCUCUUUGAUAAUAGUGAAUACAUAACAUCCGUUGAAGGAUUCUUCGGUGAAAAGUUGCUCACUUCUGAAACCGUAGACGAAUUUGAGUCUAUAUUCUAUAAAAUGAAGAGGCUUGAUUUCAUCACAAAUAUUACAACAUAUUCAGUGUUGGAAAACGAUCCAAGUGACGGUUAUGUGGACGUAGUACCGUUCAAGCUGGAGGAGAAAGAUCAUAAGAUUGUUGGGUUCCAUGGCAAGUCUACAGAACUUUCUCUCAAACAAAUUGGUGUUUAUGUUAAGCCAAUCGAUGACGCUUAAGCUUUUAAUAUUUGCCUUGGUAGAAUAAUUAUGAGAAAAGCUACAUAUGCUUAGACUCUUUCCUUCAACCAUUUAUGUUCUCGUCGUGAUCGUUGUUUUUACUCUGGUGCGUCCAGUAUC